GGCCGUCACAUGAGCCGAAUCAAAUGAGGUCUCGCGGCUCUGACACGGCGACGAUGACCAGCAAGGUGUUUCCUCGCAUGAUAACGAUACGCAUCCUGCAGCACGAGAACGUGACCGCAAUAUCGUGCUCAUGCUGAAGGAGAGAACAAGUGUUGGAAUGAAUGCUCACAAAUGCUCACAUGUCUCACAUACCAGGGUCAUAGGAGAACGCGGCAAUCGAUGCGAACUAAUCAUGCUAGUCCUGCCGCUGCUGUCUAGGAUCUGUCUGGGGACUGGUUUUUUCCCCAUGUAUGUUUUCGCGCACGAGUGAGCGAGACGAGGGUAACGCGACACAGAACAGCUUCUCGGACUGAACGUCACCCACUGCAAUGGUGACUUGCCAACAAAGCGAUCCGAGACCACUCACUUGACAUGAGACAUCGCGUCUCAGCACUUCCUCGCCAUUCUUCCAUAAGGUACUCGCAAGCUCAAAUGGGUCGACACGGGAGCCGGCUCUAUUGCGACUUCCCAUUUCCGGUUCUCAGUAAUAACAGCCAUCGGGUACAACCACUUCACCGAAUAUGGGCGCAGCAGAGUCCAAAAAUGUACAGAAGAAGGAGGAGGUGGGAAGCGCAUUACUUGGUCCUGGAUCCGCGCGCGAAGACACAACGCAAUUAGCACCUGCUGUUUCCGAAGAUGAUUCUCCACAGCGCACUGAAGGGCUGAAGCGUCGGGCACAUGGAAGCUUAUCAUCGCGGCGAGGCGUCAAGAGGCGGAGAUUGUCAGGAGAGUCGAACUUCAUGGAGGAGACAGAGGAGCGAAUGCCGGGAUUUCGUGUCCCAGCAGGUGCAGGAGCAGAUCUCGACAGCCAGCUGGCUGAAGUAUCGACGGAAUUGCGCGAAGCGCUUGUCUCGCUGCGCGAACCAGAAGAUUCGAUGGAAGGAUGGAAGGAUGCGCCAGCACCUGCCAUGCCCGAAACUGAACGACAGACCAACCGCCUGAUCGUCCGGCGAGUAAUGGAGUCAUUACGCGGCGUACAUCUGACCUCGAGCCUCUCAGCGGCUAGUCUUCGACGGUCUACAACCACAGUUGCAGAUUAUACUUUACCAGGAGAGGUCAAACAUUUCUUCGACAACGUGGAAACCCGUCUGAUCACCAUCGUACGGCCCUCGGAGCCUCAGUGUCAGGCCCAAGAAGACGGCAACGGCGGAGAACUGCGAUCGGCCAAACGGCGACGUCUCGAUGAACAAGGCGGCAGUGGGAGGCAGCAUAAGCGACGGCGCAGGAGCACACACACCGAUCUAUACCCAUUGCGAUCCACCGGGCGACUACGAAAGUUGACCGGCUUGUGGAAACGGGAUGGUUGGAGGAAUAUCUUGAAGGGAUGA